UACCAGGGUCAGCUCAAGGACGGCUGGCCGAAUGGCAGAGGUAUCACAGUUUGGGCAGACGGAAGGAUUUACGACGGGUACUGGAGCAGAGGCGUGUUCGAAGGCUUCGGGACUUGCAUAUGGUCCAACGGCGACAAAUAUGAGGGGGAGUGGCAUGACGGGUUUGCUCAUGGGAAAGGUCACUACACCUACGCCAACGGUGACUGCUACGAAGGCGAAUUCUUCCAGGAUAAGUUCAAUGGGUUUGGCGCUUUCACCUAC